UUAUCGCCUACAAAAAGAAAACAUUAUAGUAAUAAUUAUUGUUGUAGUUAUAUUAAUGAUAAUCGCGAACACCUUUGCUUGAGUAUAAUAAUAUUGUUUUGUUUUCUCUUAUAUUUUCUGUAUUCAUCGUUGAUUUUCUCACUCUUGCGGAUUUGCCGUUUUCGUGACGCUUUGAGUUAUGAUAGUGUACAUAGGUACUAAAUUGUGUGUUCAUACAGAAAUUUUAUUUUCUACGUUGUAAGCGCGCUCGCGUGUGUGUGUAUAGUAUAUUUUGUCGUUCCGUUUAGUAAAUUAGAAGGUCGUCCGUUCUGUGUGCCGUCGGACGAGCGGAAAAAUUCUGCUUCUUUACAGGAAGUAAAAAAAAAAAAAGCAAAAAAUUAAAAUUAUUUAUUAUUUUGUGGGUUUUGUGUUUGUCCUCAUCACAUAUGUUUUGCUAUUACAACGGGACGUUUGUAAAAUGUGAUCGGCUGUUAAAAGGGUGAUGGGCUGCAAUAUGAAGGACGCUUGUCGUUGAUUGUGACACAGUGGCGGUAACGACUAGCCGUACAGGUCCUUAAUUACCCCAUACAUUUGGUGUGAUCAAUUUUGAAAAUUGCUUUAUGUAUGGAUUGGAAGCAGCUGGUUCAGAAACAUAGUCGUAAGAUCUUGAAUCGAAUAAGCAUGGACCUAAUGUUGGAGGCUUAUUUGACCCACGAAUCCAGUCUAAUGGAAUUGGAGGAUAUCCCUCAGACUGUCGAUCCUGUGUGGAUUUUAGGAAAAAAAUAUAGCGCAAUUAUCGACAUACAACAAAUCCGCAAUGAUAUACAAUCUAGACUAUGGUUUACUUAUAGAAAAGGUUUUCUUCAUAUUGGCAAUACAAAUUUUACAACCGACAGAGGUUGGGGAUGCAUGUUAAGAUGCGGUCAGAUGGUUAUUGGUCAAGCUCUUAUCUUCCUACAUCUCGGUCGUGAAUGGCGAUGGGAUUCUGACAAGAGAGAUAUUGAUUAUUUGAAAAUUUUAAGGAUGUUCGAAGACAAACGAUCUGCUCCUUACUCAAUACAUCAGAUUGCUCUUACCGGUGUUUCUCAUGGCAAACAAAUUGGUGAAUGGUUCGGGCCAAACACUAUAGCUCAAGUGUUAAAGAAAUUGGCUUCAUUAGACGAAUGGAGCUCAAUUGUGUUUCAUGUUGCGUUAGAUAAUACACUAGUCAUUAAUGAAGUUUUAAAACUAUGUAAUGUAACAGAUCAAACGAAUAAGGCUUGUUCUAAUAAAAAAAGUUGGAAACCAUUAGUUCUGGUGAUACCGUUACGUCUCGGAAUAAGCACUAUUAAUCCUGCUUAUGUGCAAGGCGUUAAAAUGUGUUUCACUUUUUCACAAUCCUUGGGAAUAAUCGGUGGAAGACCAAAUCAUGCUUUGUAUUUUAUAGGCUUCGUAGGUAAUGAUGUGAUAUUCUUGGAUCCUCAUACGACCCAACAAAUGGGAAUGUUACCAAAUAAAGAUAUCGAAACUGAACUUAAAAUUGAUAACUCGUACCAUUGCCAACAAAUCAAUCGGCUUCCGAUACUUAAUAUGGACCCGUCAAUUGCAGCUUGUUUUUUGUGUAAAACCGAAAAUGAAUUCCAUUCAUUAUGUCACGAGUUAAAAGUGCAUCUAGUGCAGUCUGAUCAAGGGUCGCAAUCGCUUAUUACGAUAUGUAAUGAUCGUCCAUUCGAUUGGACGUUAGACAGUACGUCGAAUUUAGGCACCUCAAUGACGGCUUCAUCAUCUGAUGCUGUCGCGGCAACACUGUCAGAUUUUGAGUUAAACGAUAAAAAAUUACAAACGGAUUCAGAUGACGAUUUUGAACUUUUGUGAUACGGACAUUAUCCCAGCGCAAUGUCAGAAUUGAAACUUAGGACUGUAUUUAAAAACACGAUGGGCAGCGCUUUUUUGUAUUAUGCAAGUUUCAUAUCAAUAUAAAUAAAUGUUUGAAUAAUACUCGUACAUGCGUAAUUCUUAGGCAUUUUUUUUUUUUUUAUAGUAAAUAAAUUCGUUUUAUUUGUAAAAGUUUAAACUAAAAACCCAAUCAAUAGUCAUAUGUCUGUUUGGUAAAGAUAUUAACGGUGCAUCGCCAGUGAUGUAAUUAAAUUUGAUUUAUUUUAUUAUUAUAGUUGUUAGUUUUUCAUUUUGUAUUUUAUCACUAUCCAAUCUGUGUUCUGCCAUUUUUGCCUUUAGGUAGUUGAGUGUAAUAUCUUUUUUUAUUAUUAUAAUAAUUAUGAUUAUCUAGUUAAAAUUGGGUCUUUACGUUCUUAAAGAUAUAAUAUGUCCAUAUAUAAUAGUAUUGAGUAUAAAGUGUACAAGUUAAACUCAAUGAUAAUAGUCAUACUUAAAAACAAAAAAAAAUAUUAACGAAAUUCAAAGUUACUUUUUUUGAUUUUAUUUAU